CUGUGUCCAAUUACAGCUGAUCGCAUAUCAGUGUGCCCUGAUGAUCAGUGUAGCCCCAGCAGUGCCACCUGUCAGUGUCCAUCAAUACCAGCUGUCAGUGCUCAUCCAUGCCACCUGCCAGUGCCCAUCAGUGCCAAAUCAAUGUGACAUAUCAGUGCCUACCAGUGCACAUCAAUGCCACAUAUCAGUGCCCAUCUGAGCUGCCUUUCAGUGUCACCUAUCAGUGUGCAGUCAGUGCCACCUAUCAGUGCUGCAAAUCAGUGCCACCUAUCAGUGCCCGUCAGUGCUGCCUAUCAGUGCCACCUAACAAUGCCAGUUAGUGCCACCUAGCAGUGCCAGUCAGUGCCUCCUAUCAGUGCCACCUAUCAGUGCUGCCUAUCAGUGCCAUAUAUGAGUGCUGCCUUUCAGUGCUACAUCAGUG